AUGGAUGUUGGUAAACCAUGCAUUUCUAAGAGUUGUCGAAGAGAUAAGAAUGGCUACCUAGCGUGGUGCUCAGCUUACCCAAGCACUAGCAAAAGCGGUGGCCAAUCUGCUAAGGUUCUUGCUGAUGCUGAGCAAAAGCACAUCGAUGGCAAAGCAGUGGUGAUGCUGACUUCUAUGUUAAAGCGAUUAACAAAACAAAAUACAAAUGCCAAUAUUCGGUUCGAACCUCGUGGGCUGGGACAGCUAACGAAGGACAAAUUCAAUAUUGAGUACAAGUACGAGAUCAUCAGUCUCAAGCUCUUGGAAAUUUUUCUAGCUGUAAAAAAAUACUAA